CCGGCUGCCCCGGCCAGGGCAAGUGCAGCUGCUUCAGGAUGAGGUGGCAGACGGGAGGGAGCGCAGGUGGCCAAGGCAAAGUCGCAGCCAGAGAAAAAUGAUGAAUGGAGCGGCUGGACUCUCGCACAUGGACCGUCGCGAGCGGGUUCUCAAGUUAGGCGAGAGUUUUGAGAAGCAGCCGCGCUGCGCCUUCCACACCGUACGCUAUGACUUCAAACCUGCUUCUAUUGAUACUUCCUGUGAAGGUGAGCUUGAAGUCGGCAAAGGUGAACAGGUGACAAUAACUCUGCCCAAUAUAGAAGGUUCAACUCCACCAGUAACUGUUUUCAAAGGUUCAAAGAAACCUUACUUAAAAGAAUGCAUUCUAAUUAUUAACCAUGACACUGGAGAAUGUCGACUAGAAAAACUCAGCAGUAACAUCACUGUAAAAAAAACAAGAGUUGAAGGAAGUAGUAAAAUUCAGUAUCGUAUAGAACAACAGCAGCAACAAAUGCGAAAUUCAGCUAGGACUCCCAAUCUUGUGAAACAUUCUCCAUCUGAAGACAAAAUGUCCCCAGCAUCUCCCAUGGAUGAUAUUGAAAGAGAACUGAAGGCAGAAGCUAGUCUAAUGGACCAAAUGAGUAGUUGUGAUAGUUCAUCGGAUUCCAAAAAUUCAUCAUCUUCAAGUAGUGAGGAUAGUUCCAGUGACUCAGAUGAUGAACAGUGCACAUCCUCUCCUUCUGAGCCAGGGAAUUAUAUCUCAGGACAUCCUGCCAUGUCUGCCAUGCCACAUGGCAGGAUUUCUGAUAUGGAUGCUGGCCAGAAUAGACUUCAUGACAAUAGUGGCCUUCUGAUGAAUACUUUAAGAAAUGAUUUACAGCUGAGUGAAUCAGGAAGUGACAGUGAUGAUUGAAGAAACAUUCAGCUAUAAAUAUAAAAUUUGUAAGAUGUGAUAUUUAUUUUAUAUUAAGAAUAAAGAUUCCUAAUACUGAAGAAAAUGUAUCUUAACAUUUGAUGAUAAAAGAAAUUAAAUUUGGUUGAUGUUAUAUUUUUUACCUUUUUUAAGUAUUAGCAUUUUCAUGUGUUUUCUGUUUAUUAGGCUGUACAGAUGAGAAAACAGACAUUAGGUAACUUGCCCACAGGUUGUUAGUUAACAAGUGGCAGAUCAAGUGUUCUAGAGUACAAGUUUAAUACUCUGUUUUAAAAUACUGAUGUCUCACAAUUGUGAAAUGUCAAAACAAUUGAUUUAUAAUAAAUGCCCAUGGUUUUAAUUAUAUCUCUGAGCCUUUUAUAUCUGAUAGUCCUUAAAGUUUGGUUGAGAAUACUUUAAUUCUUGACAAAAUUAAGCUAUAAUUUAGGGUAAAAGUAAAGCUAGAUAAUCGUUUUAAUGAAAAAACUGUUCUUGUAUAUCUUAUAAUAUUUUUUGUCAUUUUAAUAUUUUGCUUUUGAGAAAAAAUAAGCAAUUAAUUGUGUUAAGUAGAUAAUUAAUAUUUAUAUCUAUAGUAUUUUUGAAUAUGGAGAAAAUGAUAAAUAUUAGAUUAUAGUUGAGAGCCACUGACCAGCAGCAAGUUCUUUUUUCCUUUUUUACGUUCUCUUUUUCUUUUUAAUAAACUGCAUUUUCUAAAGCAGUUUUUGGUUCAUAGCAAAAUUGAGCAGAAAGUACAGAAAAUUCUCAUAUACUCCCUGUUCCCCUCCUCUUACAACCUCACCCGCUAUAAACAUCUGCACCAGAGUGGUACAUUUUUACAAUUGAUGAAUCUUAUGUUGACACGUCAUCACCUAAGUCCAUAUUUGCAUUAGAGUUCGCUCUUUGUAUUAUACAAUUUGUGGGUUUUGACAUAUAUAUAAUGAUAUGUAUCCACCUCUGUAAUAUCAUACAGAAUAGUUUCACAGCCCUGAAAAUCCUUUGUUUUGCUUAUUCAUUUAUUCCUCCUUCCCCACCCCCAACCACUGGCAGCCACUGAUCUUUUACUGUCUCCUUGGUUUUGUCUUUUAUAGCAUGUCAUAUAGUUAGAAUCAUACUGUACGCUGCCUUUUCAGGCUGAAUUCUUUAACUUAAAUAUGCAUUUAAGCUUCCUCCAUGUCUUUACAUGGCUUCAUAGCUCAUUCCAUUUUGUCACUGAAUAGCAUUACAUUGUCUGGAUGUACCAAAGUUUACUUAUUCUCUAACCUGCUGAAAGAAUUUUGGCUGUUUCCAAGUUUCGACAGUUGAAGUUCAAUAAAAAAUU